UUUUAAACAAUUUCUUUUUUGUUAUUGAGGCACUGAAGAUACAAAUAUCAAAAACAAAAAAAGAAGAACACAUGCCGUGGUAAUUGUUUACAAGUUGCUGGGAGAAAGAAGAAUGUGCACAUAAACAACAGCAGUAUGGCAGGAAAAUUGCUAGAAUGUGGUGGAGUACCAUGGACAAUGAGGACAGAAAAGGGUUUCUUGAAUUUGCCAGUCUUCACAGAAGAAAUAAAAUUUGAUUGAGAAGCAGAGUUUUGCUAAGAGAAGUGAGGAAGGAUGUUGAAGGUAAACAGCAUAGAAAUAUUGGGUGCCCAUUAGAGAAAAAAAAAUGUGGAAAUGAGAAUGAGAAAAGAGAAAGGGAAAGAGAAAAAUCACAAAGUGAGGCCGGGUAGCUAAGUAAGAAGAAUCUGAGAUGCAUGGCUUUGCAAAUCAUAAUAUAAUUUUGCUUUUUUUCCUGGAGGUAAAAUGAAAGCCAUGAAGAAUUUUGAUCAGGAGAAUAACAUUUAUUGAGCACCUACUGUACUCAAAUUACUGAAUUUAACUGUUAACUAAACUUUGAACUCUGUAAAGAAGUGUUUAAUCAUGCUUCUUUGAAGAUGUUCCUUCACAUUAAGUUUAAAGGCCUUAUUACAUACAAUGAGUUUACAUAUAUACUUGGAAAAGAUGAAUUUGAGAAUGUAACUUAAAAGAUGAGGUUUGCAUGCUUAUAUUGCAGUGAAGUUAACUGUUUGUCAAACUGUAAAUUCUGUAACAAAGUGUUUAAACAUUCUUCUUUAAAGAUGUCACUGUAUGUUAGGCUUUUUACAUCAUUAUUUCAUAUGCUAACCAUAACCAAUCUUAAAACUGUAGAUACUGUUAUCACAUUCAUUUUGCAGAUGAGGAAAAUGAGGUGUAGAGAGAAACAAAUUACAGUUCUAUAAAGUUGCAGAUCUUGGUUUAGAUUCAGCAAUUUGACAUCAGAGGUGUCUUAAACCUUAUGCUCUCUUAAACCUUAUGCUAUUAUUCUACCUUUAUGCUUGAUAGAACUAUGUAUGACACAGGCUGAGAAGAGAGAGGGGUGAGGAGGAGAUUGGACAGGGAGAUCCCUAAGAAGGACACAGAGACAAGACCAGAUGCUAGAAAUACUGUGGAAAUGGAUGGUGCUUGGAUUGAUUGGCUCUCAAUGAUAAAAAGAGAGGGAGGAACCUAGGAUGAGUUUCAAAUUUCUGAUUUCAGAUUUCAAACAAUUGUUUGUAUUGGCACAUUUGAUAGUAACAAGUAGUGUAUGUGGGGGGGAGGGUUGAAGAAAUAGUGGCCACUGGAAAUGAUGCAUUCCAUCUAGAGCACGUGAAGAUGGAAAUGCCUGUGAGGAUCCACUGGGACUUCUUGAGAGUGCCCUGUGUAAGGAACGGGGAACAGGAGGGAUCUGGUGUAGCAGUAAAGAAAACACUUAGAAUUAAGUCCACACCCUGUAAUCAUGACUGCUAGGCACUACAUCUUGUUCCCUAUCCACCCUCCCUAACCUCAUUCUCCUCUUAGUUCCAGUACUCCAGCUACUCUAGUCUUCUUUCUGUUCUUCAAACACAACAAUUUUGCUCCUGCCCCAGGGCCUUUGCCCUUCUUGUUCUCUUUUAUAGAAUGUUCUCACCUUUACCAUCUCAUCCUGACACGAAUGGCACCUCUUCUCAUUCAGAUCUCAGUUUGGAGAUGACUUCCUUUGAGAAGGCUUCCCUGACCACCAAAGGAUUUUGCAGAAAAGGAGAAAUCUACAGCAAAGGCCCUGGAAGACGUAAAGGCAAACUUUUAUUGUGAAUUAUGUGACAAGCAGUAUCACAAACACCAGGAGUUUGACAAUCAUAUUAAUUCUUAUGAUCAUGCUCAUAAGCAGAGAUUGAAAGAAUUAAAGCAACGGGAGUUUGCUCGAAAUGUAGCUUCCAAGUCAUGGAAAGAUGAGAAGAAACAAGAAAAAGCACUUAAGCGACUUCAUCAGCUGGCUGAGUUAAGGCAGCAGUCUGAAUGUGUUUCUGGAAAUGGACCAGCAUACAAAGCCCCCAGAGUAACCACAGAAAAGCAACUCCAGCAAGAAAUGUUCCCAGUUAAGAAUGGCAGAAAGGUAUCUUGCAUGAAGAGCACUCUUCUCCUUAAAGGCAAGAAUCUGCCCAGAAGCAUUUCUGAUAAACUGAGGUCCACCAUGCCAAAUCGACACCAGUUGCAAACAGACAGACGUUAUUUAUUUGGAAAUCGGAUAGCACAAACAUCUUCAGAUCUUGGCAAUGCAAAUCACAGGACAGGAGUAUCAUUUUCUUUUUCCAAAAAAGUGCAUCUAAAAUUAGAAUCUUCAGCAUCAGUUUUCAGUGAGAACACAGAAGAAACCCAUGAUUGCAACAAAUCAUCCCUUUAUAAGACAAAAAAAACUGCAGAGAAAUGCAAGUGCUGCAGGUUUGCAAAUGAGGAUACACACCUUACUAAGGAAAAAGAUGUAAACAUCUCAGGAAGCCAUCUGGAAAGGGUUCUACAUAAUACCUUCUCCAUAAGCUCUAAAAUUUUGCAAGACAAAAAUGACUCUAUAGAUGGAACACUAGAAGAUUCAAUUGGCAUUCAUGCCUCAUUAUCUAAAUCUAACAUUCAUCUUUCAGAUGUGGAUUUUACACCUUCCAGCAGAGAAAAAGAAACUAGAAACAUGUUGAAGAACACUUCAGAAAAUCACAUUGAUCACCCAAGCCAAGAAAAUGCUUCAUUCAGCCCACCAACCAUUUACAAACACAGUGAUGCCAGAAUAUAUGAAUGCCUGGAUGAGUUUUCAUCGCCAGAGCCAAGUGAUCAAAAGAGUACAAUGUACCUGAAUCCAAAUUCCAGAGUGGAGGACAGAGAAAGAUCUUUAGAUAAAACAGAAAGAGUUAGCAAAAAUGUGCAAAGACUUGUAAGAGAAGUGACAUCCAAACCAUUGCCUUUUCUCCACGUACAAAGCAAGGAUGGCCACACUACUCUUCAAUGGCCCACGGAACUUCUGCUCUUUACAAAAACAGAGCCUUGUAUCUCUUACGGCUGCAACCCAUUAUAUUUUGAUUUUAAGCUUUCUCGGAACUCACAGUAUGGCCCUAAUCCCCAGGAAUUAAAAACAGAAUUGGGUGAGGAACCCUUGGAAAUGAAGAAUAAAAUAGAGAGCCAAGUCUCAGGUUUAAUAAAAGACCAACACAAACUGAUCCAAGAAGAUAAUCAGUCUCUGAAGCCAAAGAUGGUGAUAGCUAAUCCAGAUUGGGAAAAUUUCCAGAGAGAAUAUAAUUUGGGCUACCAUGAUUCUGAGCCAAAUAAGAGUGAACAUAAUUUUAGUGAAAAGGAUUUGAAAGUGAAAACUCCUGAAGUGCCUGCUUACCUUGAUAAGUCUCUAAAGGAUUGUGUAGGAAAAAAUAACAAUAGCGAUAAUGAGCGUGAGGAACCUUGGGGGGCCCAUUGGCAAAGCUGCCAGAGGGUAGUUCUAAAUGAAGCAAAUGAGGGCUUGUCUUUUCCUCCCUACAUCUCUAGGACUAAAAAGCAUAAACUGAUCCCCCAUGAUCCUCAUUCAGAGUUUGAAGGUGAAACCCAAGUCAACUGUCAUUCUAGUCCUUAUACAGGAGGGGACCACAGUGACCAUGGGAAGGACUUCAGUGUAAUUUUGAAUAGUAACCACAUUGGCAUGGCCAGCCAUGUUUCUGGAUAUGGAAACCAAAGUCACAAGAGAUGCUCUCUAAAAUCAUCUCUGAACGGACAGUCUAGCCCUUCGGACGCAUCCCCUAGCAGCAGGUCCAGCUUGAGAAGUACUUGUUUGCGUCAUAGGUUCGGUGAUAACGGCAGAGGUAAUCUGCUCUGCUUUUGUAAAAGAGAACACAACUCCACUGAAAGGCACAAAUGGAAACACAGAAAGCACAACUGCCUCCACAUGUCUGACGAGAUAACAAAGAGCAACCGACUUCGGCCUGAAACACAGAGAGAUAGGAACUGCAAAUUGUGGAAAUCAUUGAAAAAUGAGAAAUACGCCAAACAUAGAUAUUGUCCCUGCAGAGAGAGACAUAAACUGGGCAAAAAUGAACAACAAUUUUCAGGGACAAAAUCUACUAGAAUCAUCCAUUGUGAUUCUGGUUCUAGUUCACAGGUUUCCUAUGCCAGUGGCAGCGAAAAAUCACCUAAUUGCCAUGGACCUUCGCACAGCAGAUUAGGCUCUUACUCAAGAGAGGGAAUGUAUUACUUAAAUAAAAUCAAGAAAAAUCAAGAGUGUUUGGACAGCCGUCACAUUUGUGAUCUGGGAACAGUCACGCCCAUACAGUGUAACUCUGAGAAUAUCAGCUGCCUCCCAAGGAACUGUUCCAGUGGCCCUUCAGAAACCACUCAGUUGAACAUUACAGAAGGGGAGAAGACCCCCCAGACAGCCAAAAGCCUUUUAGAAAGAGUACAAGCCAAGAAGUGUCGGGAACAAUCAACUAAUUUUGAGGUCUCUUCAAACAGCUGUAAAGAUGAAUUAGAGGCUCAUUCACAAAGCCAAUGCACAGUUCAACCUGUAUCACCGGGCUGUAAUAGACCGGCAUUGCCUUUGUCUGAAAAAAUACAGCACACAACUAAAAGGAGAAAUGAUAAAGGCAGUGCCAUGCCAAGGACUACUGAGAAAGACAAAAUCAAAAGUUCACAGACAAAUAAUAUUACCGUUUUAGCAGACACUGACUGUGAUAACCAUCUUUCUAAAGGUAUAAUUCACAUAGUAACAGAGUCUCAGUCACUAAACAUAAAAAGGAACCCAACAACAAAAGAACAAUCAAAACCUUUAAUUAGUGAAGCCCAACCUUUUAUUCAAAGCUGUGACCCAGUACCAAAUGAUUUCCCUGGUGCUUUUCCAUCUAUUAGAUAUACUGGUGUUACUGAUUCAACAGAGACCAAAGAGGACCAAAUAAAUCUCGACUUGCAGGAUGUAAGCAUGCAUAUGAAUCACGUAGAAGGAAAUAUAAACUCUUACUAUGACAGAACUAUGCAGAUGUCUGACAAAGUGGAAGAUGAACUAGAAACAUGUCAUAAAUCUAUCUCUCCCCCUUUAAUUCAACAGCCCAUAACAUUCUCUCCUGAUGAAAUAGAUAAAUAUAAGCUCCUGCAGCUACAAGCCCAGCAGCAUAUGCAGAAACAGCUCCUAUCAAAGCAUCUUCGAGUUUUGCCUGCUGCAGGGCUGACUGCCUUCUCCCCGGCCUCGGCUGUACAGACGGUUCCAGUUCACCAGCACGCAUCUAUCACGGCCAUCCACCACACGUUCCUGCAGCAUUUUGCUGUUUCUGCUUCCAUAAGUUCUCAUAGCCGUCACCUCCCUAUUGCUCACCUACAUCCCCUUUCACAGCCACAUUUCACUCCGAUCUCAUUUUCAACUCUGGCUCCAACCAUUAUCCCUGCACACCCAACUUUCUUAGCAGGGCAUCCCCUGCAUUUAGUUGCUGCUCCCUUCCACUCAUCCCACAUAACACUUCAGCCCCUGCCUCCAACAGCAUUUAUCCCCACAUUGUUCGGCCCUCACUUAAAUCCAGCCACAACUUCGAUUAUCCACUUGAAUCCUUUAAUCCAACCAGUGUUCCAAGGUCAAGAGCUUUGCCAUCAUUCUUGCUCCAGCCAGAUGCAACAGUUCAAUGGAGUGAAAGAGGCCUUAAAUGUGUCAGCGCACUUGAACUAACAGGUGUCAGAGCUCCUCUUGAGGAGAAAUAAAACAAAUUGUCACUACCUAGCAAAUGAUACAUCUAAAGUGGUCUAUCCAAGUAUUAUAAGAUUUAGAAUAUUGCUGCCAAUUCAAAAUGUGACCAAUCUAUAAAUAUGAACUGAAUUGAGCAAUAUUGAAACAAGAGCAUUUUAAGAAUUUCUUUUAGCUUGCAAAAUUAACAGGGCAAAUGUUAAAUACGUUUAUGGAAGGGUAGAGGGAAAAGUGUUAAAGACCUGUUUUGGUUAGUUUCUCACAUAAUGUUAUAAAAUAAUAACAGAAAACAUUUAAAGAGACCAUUAAUAUUGUAAAGAAAAAUCAAAUGGAAUAUAAUACUGUAUGUUCUAGGUGUUUGUUGAGUCAAAGAAUGAAUGUGCAUUUGGUUUUAUUUGCCAGAUAAAUAAUAAAAGGUCAGUGAAUGAACCAGUUUCUAAAACUAAUUUCCAUGUUUAACUACUGACUAAGCUUUCAAUCAAUGUAUUCUGUUACUGUAUUUUAAUAGGAAAUAAGAGAUAGCAAGAAAUUUUCUGAUUAAUUCAAGUUGAAAACUACACCAAUGAAAAACAAUAUUCAUAGAUUCUAUUGUUGAGUUUCUGUGAAAAAUGAGUUAACUUCAUUUCACACAAAUCUCUGUCAAGAUAUUUUUGUAAGUGUAAAAAUCAGCAACAUCUAAAAUUAAGAAUAUUUAAUUUUUGUAUAAGAAAACAUAUACAAACUAUCAUUGACAUUUAACAAUGCAAAAAAGAAAAUAAAAUAUACUCAGAAUAACACUGUAAACAUAUUGAUCAACCUUUCAAAUAUUAUAGGACUAAAAUGUUAAGUGCUCAUUAUCCUUCUACUCAGAAAUCUUACUGUGUUCAGCUAAUACAUGUUUAAGCAUAGAAGUAAAAGGCUUGGAAAUGUCCAUCUUUUUACAUGUUUAUUAAGAAAAUCUUAUAAAAUAUCUGGUGUGUUUUACUCAAUUGUACUAGAUAUUUACAAAACAAUGAAUAGUGAUGAAUAAAAUCACGAUCCAUGUAAUUUUGCAAAUGAUUUCAAAUAUCUAUUCAAAAUGUUUUCUAGCCCAAAGAAUUUGCUUUACUUGCAACUAUAUUUGUGAAUGGCCCUGAAUUUGUGAAUAAACCAGUUAGGUUUAUUAUUUUGUAUUCUUAAAAUGAAAAAAAUAAAUAAACAUGUGAUAGCACAUUCCUCACAAACAUGAGUUUCGUAGAAAAUCAAAACUAAACAGAACUGGAGUUGAUCAUUCAUCCACUGCUGUGUUUAAGAGGAUGCAAACUCCACUACUACUGGAAGAUGAGAAAGACAUUAUCUUCAGCCUUGGCUUCACAAAGAAGAUAGCUAUAUUUACUAAAGGUACAAUGUGUUUCAGGUAGAAUCAGGCUAUGUAUUUGGUCCACAUUAUUUCAUUUAAUUUUCACAACUGUGUCCUGAGAUCAAUAUUAUCUAUCACUCCUUAUUACAAAUGAGGAAAAUGAAGAUGAAAGGUGAAAUACUUAAUAUUUGGUAAAUGAAGGGAAAGGAUA